AUGUCGCAACAUGCAGCAGCUGCAGCAACUGCACCACCAAAACCCGUGAUUUUCAUCACAGGCGCAUCAUCCGGUCUCGGCCGCGCAUUCUUCCAGCACUUCGCCAAGCACCCAACCUCACCACCCUGCACCGUCGUCGGCAUAGACAGACGACCCUGGACCGACAACGCAGGCCAGGACCACGCUGUCUACCGGCCCGACGACUCAUCCCUCUACGCCCAGCUAGACGUCACCUCGCCGCUCGAGGCGCACCAAGCCCUCGUCCGCCAACACAUUGGCGAGACCACCCCCGUCUCCCUCGUCGUCCACUGCGCCGGCGUGCGCGGCCUCGUCCCGCACGUGCCCAUCCACAGCGCCAGCGAGGUCGCCUCCGCCGAGACCCUCGACGCCAUGGACGCCGCCACGCUCCUGCACACGUACGAGAUCAACGUGGUCGGGACCUUCAGCGUCCUGACCGCGGUCCUGCCGAACCUGAGGCGGGCCGCGCGGGACGGGCUGGCGCCCAAGGUUAUCGUGCUCUCCUCGCGCAUGGGCAGCAUCGCCGCCAACGCCGCGGGCGGCGGGUAUGCGUACCGCGCGAGCAAGGCGGCGCUGAAUGCUGUGCUGCGGAGCAUGAGUCUUGAUGUGCCCGAGGUGUUCUUUGCGAUGGUGCAUCCUGGCAGGGUGGAGACGGGGCUGGUGGUUGUGAAGGAGGACGGGGCUAUUAGUGUGGAGGAGAGCUUGGGGGAUGUUCUGGCGUUGUUGGAGAGGCUUGGGGGCGAGGCAGGGCUGGGGACUGGGUGUUUUGUGGACAGGUUUGGGGAGACGAUUCAGUGGUGA